AUUUGAUGAAUGAAACGUUUGAAACAUGUCUAUCAAAAGUGACAAAUUACUCCAUUCGACAUGUCAGAUAAUACUACCAGUGACCUUUUUACAAUCCUAAUCCUAAUUUUAUCUAUUCCGAUUAUCAAUUCUAAUAAAACAGAAUUCUGUAGUAAACCUAGGACACUUUUAGGCCCGAAAGGUACAAUAGAGACCAAUGAAGAAACCGUAUUCUACGAAAAUUGUUCGUGGACCAUCAGUACACCCCACAAUAGCGUAAUUUACAUAAAUUUGAUAUACAUCAUGCAAGAAAAUAAUGAAUUCCUGAAUACAUAUGACAACCAGACUAACUGCUUCUCUAUAAAAAGCCCCAAUAACGAGACAACGUAUAUGAACCUCUGCAGUAACAACUAUACCGAUGUUAACACCGUUUCAAUACCAACCAACGAAGUAAAAAUCGAUCUUGAGCUAGCAUUCAUGUCUAUUUUCAUGAUGACCUACAGAAGCUAUAUCGUAAACACCCAGUACAGCAAAUUGAAGUGUUCGAAAUCACGUCUGGUUCCAAGAAGACCUGAAGAUGUCUGCAUCAAUGGAAUGUUGUUUCAUAAUUUGUCUUGUGGUGUUGGUUCUGUUUCAUGUGGGCACGUUUGUUAUAACCUGGAGGAACAACAAUGUGACGACAUUCUGAAUUGUCCUAAUGGUCAAGAUGAAAUAGGUUGCUAUCCAAAAACAUGUCCCAACGAAGUUUUAUGCCAGAAAAACUCCAAAUGUAUUGAAACAAAUAAAAUCUGUGAUGAAAAGAACGAUUGUGGAGAUUAUUUUGAUGAAUCAAACUGUCCCAAUCAUUACUGCACACAACAAAACUGUUAUACAAGAGACGAAACCAAAGAUGUAUCCUACGGUGACCACAAGGCAUUCAUAACAACGCUUGUUAUACUGGUUUUGUUGAUAAUAUUUUUCACGUUGCUAUCGAAGUGUUUAUUAUCAAGAGAUCACAUAAGGAAUGUUUUAAACAAUCCCUUGGAGAUACCUUUACCACCAUUCACAGGACCCGAUGAAGAUCUACCCAUAGAAGACGAUUCUUACGAAGAAUCCGACUUUAAACCUGGCGGUGAAGUAUUCGAAAGGUUUUACCACAAUCUGGAUAAAAUCAGGUACAAACGUAACCAUCUAGCGAUCGAAAAUACCGCCGAAAUUAUUCAAGUGGCACCUGCAGAGCCAAGUUCGUCGUACGAAAAGUAUUUCAAAGGUGUCAAGCCUGUUUUAUCCGAAGAACUAGCAGCUCUGGCAACGCUGAAAAUUUCUAGGGACAGGUGUCGGGGAUUACUAAAAGCAAAAAGCGAAGAAAAACCCUUUACAAAACUAUUAUUCAUCGACCGUAAAGACGAUGAAGAUUCAAACGAAUCAGAUGAAGAUGUUAGCUAUUUCACAAAUCCAAAAAAGGACGAAAAAACGUGUAAAAAGGCUAAAAGCGAUGGGGAGCAAUACAUUAAAAGAAAACACGAAGAUUUUCCUGUUUAACAUCCAAAUAUUUAUCAUAAUAUUUCAGCUUUUAAGUUAAAUAAUUGUAAAUAAUGUUUAU